UGACGUGAUUAUAUACUAUUUAUUUACACAUAUAAUUACUGUGACAAUCGCAGUCGAAGUUUGAGAUACCGAACUCGAAUCCCAAAGUAUAAUCUCUUCCCUCUCUGAACAAAAGAAUGAGUACAGGCAGCUUCAAGCAGGAUCAUGAUUUCGAAAAGAGGAAAGCUGAAGCUUUAAGAAUCAGAGACAAGUAUCCUGACCGUGUCCCGGUGAUUGUGGAGAAGGCAGAGAAAAGUGACAUAGCUAACAUCGACAAGAAGAAAUACCUUGUCCCAGCGGAUCUAACGGUUGGCCAGUUUGUGUAUGUGAUUCGUAAAAGAAUCCAGCUUAGUUCAGAGAAAGCUAUCUUCAUCUUUGUUGAUAAUGUUCUUCCUCCCACCGGAGCAAUGAUGUCAACCAUCUACGAAGACAAGAAAGAAGAAGACGGUUUCUUGUAUGUUACUUACAGUGGGGAAAACACGUUUGGAUCGUCAUGAAUUUGAUUAGAAACAAAACCAAAAACUCAGUGCUUUAAUUAUUAUGAUUACUAUCGUCCGAAUUUAACGUGAUGUGUUCUUGCUUAUUUUAAGUUUUUUAAUGGAAUGUAAAUUAUAAAUUUAUCUUCUUUCUUGGUCGUGAAACUGUUUGAGCUGCGGAUAUGAUGAACAAUCUAAACUGA